CUGUAGUUGUAGUAUCGUGUCUAAACAGGGCUUUCAACCUUCACAUUGUUUAACAUCAAAAAUUGGAGAGUUCGUGCUCGGCAUACAAUAUUGAAUUAGUGUUUCUAUUAAAUCGUUGAAAUAAAAAAAAGCAAAAAAAGUCUGAUUAGGAAUUAAUUGGUCAUAGUUUUUAAAGCAUCGAUUAUUCAAUUUAUACGAUAUAAAAAUAAUGAUAGGCAUAAAUUAUAUCUAAGCCUAAAGGAUUAGGAACGACCUUCAAGAUAAAUAUCUAUUAGCAUGAUCAUGUGUUAUCUGACGUAGAUGAUAUAAAAACCUAUCAGAGUACGUCCCUGGCAAAAUACAAUCAGCUGUUUGUAAUGACAGUUCCUCUGACAAAUACAAAAUGGUUGAAAACUAAAGUUGGCAAACAAAGAAAAGGCAGCGUAAUAUCGUAUUUUAACAUUUAAAAAACGUUUUUUUAAGUGAAAGUUGUAUAGUUUAGUUUGUGUUUAGUGUUUUGUGCAAGAUGUUGGAUUUGGAAAUCGUCCCUGAACGGUCCCUGGGCUGCGACACCUGGGAAUUCGUUUUAGGGAUGCAUUUCUCCCAAUCAGUAGCCAUCAUCCAGAGUCAAGUGGGUACAAUACGAGGAGUACAAGUACUAUAUAGUGAUCAGAAUCCGCUGUCUGUAGACCUAGUUAUAAACAUGCCACAGGACGGCAUCCGGUUGAUAUUCGACCCGGUGGCGCAGCGGCUCAAGAUUAUAGAGAUUUACAAUAUGAAAUUAGUUAAACUUAGGUAUAGCGGCAUGUGCUUCAACAGUCCGGAGAUAACGCCAUCUAUCGAGCAGGUGGAGCACUGUUUCGGCGCGACGCACCCCGGCCUGUACGACUCGCAGCGGCAUCUGUUCGCGCUCAACUUCAGGGGGCUCUCGUUUUAUUUCCCUGUUGAUAGCAAAUUUGAGCCGGGGUAUGCGCACGGCCUCGGCUCGCUACAGUUCCCGAACGGCGGCUCGCCCGUCGUCUCGCGAACAACCAUUUACUAUGGAUCUCAACAUCAGCUGGGCAGCAGCUCUUCAGGCGUGGUGUGCGCGGCGCCGCUGCCGGAGCUGCCGCUGUCGUGCUACCGCCACCAGCUGCACCUGCGCCGCUGCGACGUGCUGCGCAGCGCCACCGCCACCGUCGGGCUGCGGCUCCACAUGUUCACUGAAGGCACGUCCCGGGCACUAGAGGCGGUGCCGCUAUCGCUAGCGCGAGCGGUGCGGUUCGGCGACAGCUGCCAGGCCGUGGCGCGUGCGCUGGGCGCGCCGGCCCGCCUCUACUACAAGGCGGAGGACAAGAUGCGCAUCCACCGGCCCACGGCGCGCCGCCGCCCGCCUCCCGCCUCCGACUACCUCUUCAACUACUUCACGCUCGGACUGGACGUGUUAUUUGACGCGCGGACCAACCAAGUGAAGAAGUUCGUUCUGCACACAAACUACCCGGGACACUACAACUUCAACAUGUAUCACCGCUGCGAGUUCGAACUCGCCGUGCAGCCGGACAAAUGCGAGGCGAACUCGCUGGUGGAGCGCAGCGGGCCGGUGUCCAUCACGGCGUACUCCAAGUGGGAGGUGGUGCAGCGCGCGCUGCGCGUGUGCGAGCGGCCCGUCGUGCUCAACCGCGCCUCCUCCACCAACACCACCAACCCCUUCGGCUCCACCUUCUGCUACGGAUACCAGGACAUGAUCUUUGAGGUGAUGUCGAACAACUACAUAGCGUCGAUAACGCUGUACCAGCCCGAGGGCACCCGGCCCCACUACGCGGUCAACUCCAUCGCGUGACAAAGCCAGGGAUCACCGAGCAAAGGCAAAUACACGUCUUGAACGCUAAAGUCACCACACAAACCCUACACUCGUGUGGGCCACACACAGACGCUUCGCGUAACUUAUCCACCACGCACCUAAGACGAAGCAGUAUUCAACCAUAUGUAUGUGAUAAUAAAAAAAUAAACUCUUUAAAAAAAAAGUGAGUGACAGAUCUCAGAUGGUGUGUUUAAAGUUAAUAUAACAGUGGACGAAAAUAGGAAAAAAAAAUAUGUUAUAUAAGUUAUAUUUUUUUAAGUGAAUAAUAAUGUUAGUCAAUUGUGUUCUUUUUAAGUUUUAGCUUAUUUUUGUCGUGGGCGGGAGUACUGGUUCUCGUUUAUUUGUCAGGGAAGUAAUUGUCUUAAUGAUUGACUAAUAACAGUCAAGAAAUUAGAGGUAAGGGUGUUGAAAUUAUAGUUUUAUAUUCGUUUUGGUUAAUAUAAGUAAUUUUCAUGUUGAAAUGAAAUAUUUCGUUGCUAUCGGUUGAUAUAACAAUGUGUAAUUCGGUGGAAUCUAGCAAUAAAUAUAGAGAUAAUAAUAUUUUUAAAUAUUUUUUUUGGUAAUUUCUCUGACAUUUAUACUCGAAACUCUAAGUACUCCCACUACGUAAUUUAUCAUGACCGGAAAAAAUUAAAACAAAAGAUACUAGAUAUUGACUGUGCUGUAAAUAUUUUUGACAAUUUGGUGAAAAUAAUAUUAAUUCAAUGGACAAAAUAUUACGGAAAUCAAAUGAAAUCGUGUAUUUUUUCUAUGAGAACAGUGAUUUUUCAACUCGAAAUUCUAUUUAGGGCGUGUGAGCAUUAAUUUUUGUACCUCGUACACGGCACUGCGAUUUUGGUCCGUUAUCAAAAUGUAUGCGAUACUUUUAAUUAUUUAAAAACAUGUCAGUUCGACAGAACCAACAUGUUUCUGUUUCAAAUAUUAACACAUUAUCAGAUGACAUGGGUCAUUUGUCCACCCACAAAUCAUUCACAAAAGAAAAUUAUGUGGAUAUAUUGUGGGUCACUGUUUCUGAUUAAAAUUACUAUUUAAAUGUAAAAUUUUAGUUUAGUAAUUGUUUAAAGUAGCUUUUUGUGAAACUGUCCUGGCAUAAGCUUAUUUGCCAAAGUAUUACGUGAAAAAAAAUAUUUUAAACUUUGAUAAUGUGCUAAUAAUUGUGACUAUGUUAUUUUCAUAUUAAUAAUCGCUCAGAAUAUGCGCAAUUUUGUAACUAAAUUAGAUAUAAUGUAAAGUGUAAAUGGUGUGAGAAGUGGUUUUGGACGUAAUCAAACUCUUAAAUAUAUUGUACAAAGCUUGGACAAGAAAGUAUGGAUACAGCAAACAAUAUUAUGUGACCAAUUUUGUCCUUAUAAAAUACGUAAUAAUUACGGCCGAUCUCAGUAAACGUUCCCAACCCCUAACUUUAGAUUAAAAUUGAAAGUAAACUAACAAAAAAGUAACCUGCAAUCACGUCAAAGAACCUUUAUUCUAGUUGGUUUUUUGUCGCUGUCGAUUUAUUUCGUUUAUUAAAAUCGGCCGUUAGUUAUGACUCGUCUAUUUCAAAUGAAGUUGAUAAUGUCUCAUUUUAUCUCGCGAUGUUCACGCAGUCCCUCGUUUGAAUUAACUGUGUGAAGUAAAAAUCAUUCAUUCACUCACUCACAGCUCGUUCGCUCGCAUUUCGUAUGAACGUGAACGAGUAAGUGAGGUAGUACAAUGUUGAAUACGAUUUAUUUUUUUCGACCGCGAGGAACCUAAAAUUCUUUUUUAUGAAAGUUGGUACGUCCAAAAUCAACAUUGAGCGCUUUUAAAAUGCUUAAAAUUAUAAAAAAUAAUAUUUUCGAUAUACGAAACGUUUGACGGUAGAAAUAAUUGUGUGAAUGAAUUGAAAAUGACACUGAAGAUUAUUUUAGUCACAAAAUAGCCUGUUCUUUGGCUUCGUGCUAAGUUUGAGGGCGGAAUCUGCUCAAUAUGGCACUCUUUUUGACAGCAUAUAAUUUAAUUGCGUUUUUAUAGUCCUUUUGACAUUUUUAGAAUGAUAUAAUGCUAAGCAUAAAUAGAUUUUCUUUGAAAAAAAAAAACAAAAUCAAAUAUUCGAUCGGGAAAAUUAGAUUUAUAAUGUAAAUAUACGGUCCAAAAUUGAUUACAAGCAAAAGUACAUAUCAGUGACAUCCCAAUUUUAACUGUCAAAAUUUUAACGAAUGACAGCUGUCAAAAUGGUCUGCCCAUUUUAAGCAGAUUAUAUCACUUUUUAUCUUUUUUAUUGAAAUAUCAGACCGCUCGUCUCUGAAAGCUUACAAUUUAGUGCCAAUGAUAUAUUUUUUGCAAAUUGGACCCUAUUUAUACAUGCCCUAAGUCAUAAUUUUCGGUAGUAUUGAGCUUAUAAAAAUGUUUGUAGGCUACCUAAAUAGCAGGCUGGUUGUGAUAGAACUGCUGUUAAGGCGAUAUGACACUUAAGCUUCUAUUUUUAAGGAUUAAUAAUGCUUGGUCAUUUGAACUGUUUUAUGCCUUCAGAAUACAUGUGUUAAUUUAUUAUGAACCUUAUCAAACAGCGGUGGUGUUUAUUUUUCGUUGACGGUUGAUUGAUUGUGGUAUUGUCGAUAAAUUAGAUAUAUAUAAAUAACAAUACAUGUUCUACGCCAAGAUAUAAAACAGUUCAAUAUUUAGUUUAAUAUUUGUUUAUGCACAAUAAGUCACUCGUGUGUAUUAAAUAAUGAUGGCACUCGUGCCAUACAAGAUUAAACAAAAAAAAUUGAAAAAAUGUGACAAAUAAUACGAAAUAAAAAAAGAUUUAAAUUAAGUGCAGCGCUGCUGCAGUACCUUGCGUGGGAAUAUUUUAUAUCAAAUGACUUAGACUGCGGUCAGUAUUCCAUCUAAGGGGAAGGCACAUUGACUUGUCUCCACAUAAGGGGAGACAUUUUAAUUAAUCCCAGAAUUGAUCUGAGAGGCCCCUGGAUGAAAUUCCCAGAUCAGAAAUAAUUUUGUGUGGGUAUUUCUACCAUUAUUUGCCCAGUAUAGAAUAUCCCAGAGUAUGUCAAUGGCGAGUAUGCAAUUAUUGCUCUGAGGCCCCUGGAUUGAAUUCCCAGAUCGGAAAUCAAUUUGUGUGGGUAUUUCUACUAUUAUUUGCCCAGUAUGGGAUUUCCGAAUAUGUCUUAAAAAAUGUAUUGCAUUACCUCAGUGAUGUAGUUUGCCCAUAGAAGAGCCUUAAUCAAGAUUUGUUGGCGGCCCUUCAGGGCAGUGCGCCGUUUAAGCGAACGCUUAGUCAAGUAGGGGCCAAGAGGAGCCCCUAAAGACUUGGGGGCCCCUUAUUUCAACUACAGGUUAUGCGUCGGUAAUUACACCUCUGCUGAAGCCCUACAUUAUAAUGGAAUGGAACCUACCAUAGGUUCAAAAUAGUUGACAAUUCUAGCUUAUGAAAUCUGGCAUUAUAUAAUAUUGCUCUUGUUUUAUUUGGUUUUAGGAAACGAUUGCAUUUGGUAUGAAACAAAUGAAUAACACGAUAACAGGGCGUCAAAUUUGGAUCACCUUAUAAUGAUGAGUUGAAUUAAAGAAAUAUGGAAGCAGUACUUUCAUUAAUAUGUUAAUAAAAUAUUUCCACGCAAACGUAUCUGGGACACUGUGACGUCGGUAAAUUGUAUUUUUAUGUUAAUGAGUUUGACCAAGGACCUGUGGUUAUUCGACCACAGAAUUAAAACAUGCCAGGAGCUAAAAUUAUGAGCACACCUCAUUAUUUAAUAGUUUAUAAAGAUAAAAGAUUUAUUCCAAUAUAUUUUCGCUAAUAUUUAUAGACAUUACAUAAAAAUAUCUUCACAAGACCGCAGUUUCGUCCUCGCCGCUUUCCCCGUCCCCCCGACCCUUCUGAUAGUUCCGGCCCGCGUGACGAAUUGCCAACGGACAACCGUCACUAAAGUAAAAGACAUAAGAGUUAUCAUAACACAAACGUUCCUGUUUAUUGGACUGUGAAAUAUCGAAGUACAAACCAAGAGAAUUGCCAAAGGAGAACCGUCGCUAUACUAAAAGACAUAAGAAUCACACACGUCAAAAGUACAAGUAAUCACAAUUGCCAAAACCAAAACGUCGUUAAAGCAAAUGCCAUAAGAGGCAUCACACUAACGCUGCUAAAAUAAAAGCCAUUUAGGGACUUUGUGUCGGAAUAAAAAUCAAAUGCGGAAUACGGUAAUGGUUAGAUUGUUAGUUCGCUACGACUACGCGCAUCCAUAAUCGUUGUUGUCUCAUCCUCCAGUGACCGUCCUGAGACGAGGUUCGUUACCUGUUAGUGGGUUCCCCCCAGGUCGCUUAAUUUUCAAGGGUUGCGAGCGCCUAAAGAGCUCAUCUAAAAGUCCGGUGACAUGUCUAUAAUAUCAACUUCAUUUCGAAGAAUUUUAUGAAAGAAUUUUUAGCAUUCCUGGUUGAUUCACCCCUCUGUCAUUGUAAAUUUAAUUACUAAAAAAUAAUUAUAACAAGAAAAUUUAACUGCCUUCUAAAACCACUCAAAACCAAAAAAUAAUUUCGCAUAACAGGUAUAUACUGGAUAUCAAUUUUGGAGUCGGUGCCUAAUUAAAAUUGCUAGUUAAGCUAGAUAAAUACAUUAAUUGAAGUCGGUUAAAAUACUGAACACUGCGAAACAACAUCUGGCCUAAAAUACGCUGUAGCAUAAAUUGGGAUUUAUAAAAUUAUUUCUUUGUGGAAGUUUAAAAAGGUUGACAAUUCCCAUUCAAAUAUAAAGCCUUGGUUAGAAUACGUUACCCCAACUCUAGAUACGUACUAAGAAUUUUGAAUUUAGAAUCUUUUUAAGUGUAGUUCAGAAUCGAGGUCAUAGAGAAUUUCUAUUUCUUUAUUUCCAUUAAUAUAAAAAUACACUGUCCGUCACAUGUAGUUCCAAAUAGUUAUUUUUUUUAAUUUAGCUUACGUUGCUGGCUGUGGCUUGUAAGUGCCACGGUGACGUCACUUAACUCAUAACGUAUGUUAUUGUAAUUGUGUCAGCCUUUAACGUCCUUGGUUUUUAUCGAUAAGUUUUUAUCGAUGUCGAUAGUUAGAAUACUUUUGUUACAUUGUAUUGUAAAAGUAUUGUAAUGUGGCUUAACAUUCUUGCAAGUUACAACGUUUAUGUCAAGAAUGCUUCUGGAAAUUACUAGCUUCGGCUUUAACUGUUACUUAUUAUGAAUUUUCCUAUAUUAUUUAAUUAUUAAAUUGUAUAAUGUAUAUACUCAAGUGUCUCAUGUUUAGAGUAUAUUAGAGACGUGCCGUAUAAUUUAUAUCGACAUCUAUCGCCAUCGAUAAGAAUUGACCAUUCGAAAUUCGAAAAAUACGUUUCUUUUUAACAUUGGUGCUACGUAACAUAUUACAUAAUGUUUAAGAACGCAACGGAAUGAUUACAUUCAUUUCGAAGGCUGACAACCAUAUAAACACGCUGCAUACUCGUAUAGCUUAUGUCGUAUGUGUAUUUAGAUUCGACAUCUACGAUUAGUGCGUGGGACACUCGAAACACGUGCGUCAACGCGACGCCAUCUUGGAUUAUAGACAAAAGCAUAGACUAUUAUAAAUCUCGUGAUUUUUUUAACAAAUAUUGGUUAUUUUUACCUUACGCUGCCAUAGGGUUUUUCCUUAAAUUUAAUACCUUUAAAUUACAAGUUUAACAUAUUUAUAAUAGUAAUUCAUGCUUUUGUUUUUAAUCCGCUAUGAACACGGACAGACACGAUAUUUUUAAGUAGCAACAAUUUAAAGAGGCAUAAUACAAGAAAACCUUAUGAUUAAUUCUAAAUGUUGCCAGUACCACGUUUCUGAAACCUACUAAACGUGUCACAUAGUGCAAGCAUGGUAGAUAAUGUGUUUUUGUUAAAAAAAUAUUUAAUACUAAAGCAAUAGCGGUCAAAUUGAGUUUGUUCUAAGUUCGAUCUCGUGGUAUUAAUGGUCUGGUAUUUAUGUAAGCGUAUGAGAUUGUGUGUCAAAAUUGUACAGAUCUUUGAUAUGGGAAAUUUUUUGUAAUAUCGCUCGUACAAACAAAUUAAAUUAUUUUUUUAUCGGCUAAUCGGUGUUAUAUCAUGAUUCAAUAUUGUUGGUUUUGGCGUGGACGCGGUGUUUGAGUAGUGGUGAUAAGGGUUUAAUUUGUACCUUCCUCCAUCUGAAUGGUAUGUGUAAUGGUCACUAUUAUCUUGUAAUAUAUUAUAAUUUAUCGCCUCGUUUGCUACGCACAACGUUUUCACUCCUCGCCAUUCAACAACACAAUGUUCUGUCUAUCCAUGGUUUGGCGUUGUGUAUAGUUCGAGACGACAGACGGAAAUAAUUAUAAAUAUAUCCAUACACUACAGUAUGCAUGAAGUUAAAGAAAAUAAUGGAGGCUAUACAGUAACUUUUUUUUUAAACUGCACGGAAUAGUGACCCACUGCAUCUGAUGGUAAGUGGAGUGGGCUCCAAUAGAAUGUCGACUGACGAGAGAUGAUUAACCACUCGACACUCGACACAAUUAUGCUUGUUGGAAUUGGAUAUACGCAGGCUGAUGCCGGAACGCGACACACUUACCUGGGUCACAAUGGAGGACUUUAAUACCUCGUGUACGGUUUUCGCUAUCUGGGCGGAUAUAAAAUUCUACCACCAACAAAACUAAAGAAAAUACUAAUUAUUAGUAUUUUCUCGAGAGCAAUAAAAUCAAAGAAAUUUUAUGAGUAACAGAUGAACGUCCGAGUAGGGAUUAUUUAAGUUCAAAUAUUUGUCGUUCACAUAAGUGUUUACAUGUUGGCCUCUUUUAGUUUAAACUUCUUACCCUCACGUUUUAUCGAUGAUUGUCAAUUUCAAGUAGUUCGUUUUAUUUCAAGUACUCUUUAAUGUAACUCUUGAUAUUUACUGUUGGUAGGUCUCUCAUAUGUGAGAAUCCGCCUGGGUAGUUAUCAUCGCAAUGUCUAUUUCUGCCACCAAGCAACAGUGUGUAGUCACUGUUGUGUUCCGGUUUGAAGGAUAUUGUAGCCAGUGUAACUACUGGACAUAAUGGGAGUUAACAUCUCACGUUUCAGGAUGACGAGCGCAGAAGAAUACCAAACAAUACUUUGAAAUUCAAGGUGUUUCUACUGUUUAUGGGCGGUCGUAUCGCUUACCAUCAGGCGAACAAAGCAAAAAAAAUACCUACCUAGGAAGUGUCCAUAUCUUUACCAUUGUAUAAGUUAUAGAAUACUUAUUGCCGUGUUCCCGCCAAAACCUGUCUAAACACUGUAAUUUUAUUCUAAAUGUAAAGUGUGUUCUCGUCUUUAAGAUAAUAGAGUAGCGAACUACAGGUAAAUAAAAUCAUAUUUGAAAUAAUUGCAUUUGUAUAGAAACAUUUGAAAAAAAAUGUGAUGGGUUUAGCUUCAAAUUGUAAUCAAAGUCAAUGGUCUUCAACACUUUCAAGUGGUUUGACAACAAUAUAUUUAAUUAAUACAAUUUUGUAAAUCAUUGUAAACCAUUGACUUAUCAAAACAAGCUGUGAUUAAAUAAUAAUUAAAAACAGUAUUAAUGUAAUUUUGCUUUGGAGUUGCCAGACUAAAAAUUGAAGCUGAACUUAGUACAUUUGUAGAUAGUACAUGAGAAGACAACGAUUACAAAAACUGUAAAUAAUUACGUUUGGGCAUUACCGAAGCUGUUUGUUUGUAAUAAGUAAGCACAAAUGUGCUUGGUUAGUGUGAUUCGAGCUUACUGCGCUUGUGAAGUUUUUAUAACAGGUGGACCAUAGAGUAUUAUUUGUUGGAUAAAAUCAAAGACGAAGUUUUUUUAUUGUAGUACAAACUCGGAAAAGGGGACGAAAAUAAAGUCGGAUGUAAUUAAGAAAAAAAACUUUAUAAUGUUAUGGAAUCACAAUACAUUAUGUAUAAUUUAUCAAAAUCAUUGUAAACUAUUUAUCCUAUGUUAUAACUAUUUAAUUGUGUAAGUAAAAGUUAUCAGAUCGCUGUGUCUUUUAUGUGAAAGGAAAUAAAACAGAAUUUCAAUUGAAUAUGCAAUUUCUAAAAGGGUACAUGUCUGAAAAUGUUAAUAGUUCAGAAAA